UGCUUCAUAGGUUAGCUGAAACAACCGCAGACAAGCAAGCAAUUACAAAUGCAGAGAAGGCAGUGACACUGGAGCUACAAAGUUGGUCUGAUCUUCCGGCAGAACUUUUGGAACUGAUUAUGUCCUGUCUAACUCUAGAGGAGAAUAUUCGCGCAUCUGCUGUUUGCAAGAGAUGGUACUCAGUUGCAAUUGCCACCCGGGUGGUAAACCAAACCCCAUGGAUUAUGUUCUUUCCAAAGGUUGGUGACACGUAUGAAUUCUAUGAUCCAUUACAGCGCGAGACCUACUGCAUUGAUUUACCAGAAUUAUGUGGCUCUAGGGUUUGUUCUACCAUUGAUGGAUGGUUGUUACUAUACAGACCUAGAACUCACCGUGUGUUCUUCUUUAAUCCCUUUACUAGGGAGUCAAUCAAACUGCCGAGAUAUGAGAUGUCCUAUCAGAUAGUUUCUGUCUCUGCUGCCCCAACAUCUGCCAGCUGCAUAGUAUUCACAAUUAAGCAUAUCAGUCCCACUGUCGUUGCUAUUAGCACUUGUCAUGCUGGUGCUACCGAGUGGACUACUGUUAAUCACCAAAAUCGCCUGCCUUUUGUUAGUAGCAUUUGGAAUAAGUUGGUUUACUGCAAUGGACUCUUUUAUUGUCUUAGCCUCACUGGUUGGCUAGGGGUUUUUGAUCCAGAUGAUCGUUCUUGGGAUGUUCUUUCUAUCCAUCCACCCAAAUGCCCUGAGAACUUUUUUACCAAAAAUUGGUGGAAGGGCAAAUUUAUGUUAGAACACCAGGGGGAGCUCUUUGUUAUUUACACAUGUUCUACUGAAAACCCUAUUGUAUUUAAACUGGAUCGAAACAAACUUGUAUGGGAAGAGAUGAAAACCCUUGAUGGUAUGACAAUAUUUGCAAGUUUCUUAUCAUCUCAUGGAAGAAAUGACCUCCCGGGAAUAAUGAGAAAUAAUGUCUUUUUCUCUAAAGUUCGUUUUUACGGAAAGCGUUGCAUAUCAUACUCUCUCGAUGACUGUAGAUACUAUCCACGUAAGCAGUAUCAUGACUGGGGAGAACAAGAUCCCUUUGAGAGCAUUUGGAUUGUACCGCCACAAAACUUCUCAGCCUUCAGUUGAAGAACUGUACUGUCAUAGUUUGUUUUGUAGCUACCAGUGGGGAUGGCUGGUUGUAAGGAGGAAGAAUGCCCACCAUUUUGCUAUUCCUGGAUAACUUUAUGAAAGAUAAUGGUUGAUGCAUGGUCUUUAUUGGUGAAGACCAAGAGGGGCUCACUAUGGAUUAUAUAUGGGCUAUGGAUUGCAGUUCAUUCCCACAUCUACUUAUCAAAACAAGAGAAGAAAGAGGGAAAAUAGAGAGCAAACAUAACAGAAGAGAGAGAGAGAAUGAGAGGGUCCCACCCUAAUUUGGGUUGCUCCUUACACUCCAUCACUAGGGCUGCUUCAUUAUGUUGCACCUUUUAUGUGCAGUUGUAAGUACUUUCCGUACAGCAUAACACUUGUACAAUACGUUGUAAUAAUCCCUAACUUGUACAAUACGUUGUAAUACUCCCUAUCCAGCUGUAGGCCAGCUCUUUAUUUUCUUGGAAACCAAUACUUUACUAAAGAAAAUAUCAAAGUUCAAAAUAAGCUUGAUGGAUGAGGUAUUCUUCAAUCUCCUGAAGUAUGAAUAUAGUCUCUUGUGAGAACUUCUCUGCCUGUCCCCUCAUCGACUAUUCCAAGCAUCCGCAUAAGAUCUCUAAUCUCCAGCAUAAGGUAAUUAUAACAUCCUACCAGCUAUAUUUCAUUUAAUAGAUAACUGUGGCUGAAUUUCAACCUCUAGGCCCCCUUCCAUUAACUUGCCAUUCUCAUCCUUGGGACUUUGACAUGCUUUGCUCCAUAUAUCCUUGUCUCAUCCAGUGGUUGGUUCUAUAUUUUAGCAAGUGGCUAGUAGGUACAGGCAACCUCUGUUAUGCAUAGGUUAGGUAUGUUUAUUUUCGUCUCUGAAUAGGAGGGUAUCAAUUGACGUUCCUAGCUCCCUUCCAAACCUGGAUGCCUUUAUGUAAAUUAUUUUUUUUAGCUGAUCAUAAUAAUUGUAUGGAAAUAACUUUUCAAGUGAAAUUUAAGACUAUAGGUAGUAAUGCAGAAAGUAUUUUUAGUAUCGAGUUGAAAUAUAGACCCAAAAGGGUAGUAACUUGAAAUGGAUUGACUACCGGAAGACAGUUCUCAAAAGACAAGCUUUUAAUUACACAAAGGCAUCAUUAGGAUGGAAUCUAAUAGCAUAGAUCCAAUGUAGUCUUUAGGUUUGCUUUCUCGAAGAUAAAUUCAUUGGUCCUAUGGGUUUCCAUGUAAAUAUACUUGGUAAUGAUAUGGAAAGUCAGUUUGCAUAUGCUAGCUUGUUUGUGGCCUUAGCGGUUUUGUGCUUUGUGCCGACCUGAAAAGCUCCAUAAUGGAAAUGCAGCUGCCUAUUUUUCAUUCAAAUAGAGGACUGUUGGUCAAAAAAGGAAGGUAAAUUUUGGGAUCAUUUACAUUAGGCUUUUGUUAAACACACCAGCCUUUCCUCUCUGUACAUGCACCCUAUUUUUAAAAUAAAAAGGAAAAGGUGGGUGUAUUUAAUUAACAUCACCCUUUACCUUAACCCUGAGGGGUAGCUCAGUUGGUCCGGUCUUGGGUUUGCUCCCCAAUGGUCACCAGUUCGAGUCCCCUCAGGGCCACUGGAGGUUUACCCAGUCGUUAACUUCAGGGCCCUGUGGAAUUAGUCAAGGUGCGCGUAAGCUGGCCCGGACAUCCACGGUUAUAAAAAAAAA